AUGAAACUUAAUUUUGUAUUGUUGUUUAUAAUAAUUGUUGAUUAUUCUUAUUCUUGUAAUAUUUGGAAAGCAUCCGAUUGUCCACAGGCACCUUCUGUUGAAGAUGAAGAAAAUAUGAAAUCAGAUUUAUAUACACGUGAUCAAUUAUUUGCGUACUGUGAACAAGGAAAAAGAUAUGCCGAUUGUAUCAAUGAACGUUUACAUUGUUGUGAUUUGAGAAGUGAACAUACUGGUGCUCUAGCAGCAUUUGAAGUUGGACUACAACGAAAUGCAUGGAGAUUAGGUAAAUAUUGUGCCGGUUUAGGCGAAAGUACUAUUAUCAAUUACAAAUGUCGUACAACUACACAGCCAACUCAAAGGACAACAACAACGACUGGUAGUACGACGACAGCCAUGCCCGCUUGUGAAGUUGAAGAGGCAGCAAAGGAGUGUAACGAAAUUUUAGAUGAACGUUCAAAAUUUGAAAGUGCUUGGAGUGUGAAUGAAAAAAUGUUAUGGUGUAAAGCGGCGUAUAAUUAUAUUCAGUGUGCCGGUAAACACAUUACGAAUUGUAGCAUUAUGGAAGUUAAAGAUGAUGUUGAACAAUUAAGUAUGUUCAUGGAUUAUAUAAUGAAACAAGCAAAUGUGAACUGUCAAGGUGGGCUGUACGGUUGUGACACUUAUACAAAUGAUGUGCGAUGUAAGCAAUCCGCAAGGAAAUUUUAUAUGGGUGAGACAUUUGGAGGUGCCAUACACUUAGCAACAAGUAGUAUAUUCAAUUUAAUCCUCCCAAUUCUAAUCUCGUCAUUAUUAAUGAUUUAUCGCUAA